AUGAUUUUUUUUCAAUUACGGUAUAUGUUUCUGAAAAAAAAACAAAAAAAAACUUACAGUCUCCUUCGUGAAAAAGCGUUUUUAGUCUGACUUGCUCUCUUCAUUUUACGUGUUCUCUUGCGAAAAGAUCGCUGAAUGUCUCGGCUCCGGCUUCAACAUUCUAAAUGAAGCCGAAUUUUUCGGUAAUUCAUAUAUAGCAUGUUGGAUUAUUCACGGAAAAGCCACGCUUGGAGUCAACAAAUCCAUAUCUUUUCUGUCAAAUGAAAGAUAAUCCCCUUUGUUCUUGCAUCGUGAUGAAUCGUAAUUUUCAUUAAAAAAAGUAAUUUCGGCUAUUUUUAGCCGCGAGGAGGAGAACUUGGAUGAGAAGUUGGACAAGGAGAUGGUGGCCGUCGGCGAUGAGCAUGGAAUGCGCGAUUCCUCCGAGGACGAAGACGAGGAAGAAGAAAGCGAGGAAAAGAAGGCGGCCAAGGAAAAAUUGAGUGAGCUUUAUUCAGAUUUCUAUGAAAAUGUAUUUUUAUUAUGCUUUUUAUUGCACUUUCUUUGAGGUUUUUGAGUUUAAUACAGUGACGGAUCUGAUCCAAUCACAAAAAACGUACCAUUUUAAAUCUGGAAAGUAUUGAAAAAAUGUGGCAAAAUGCCUCCCUCUUCAACUAAAAAUACUUCAUUUUGAAGGCCCUCUCCCUCACAAAAGGCGAGAUCGGAAGCGUUUGAAAUAGGGGUUUUUACUUGGAGAGUGUGGUAUUUUGCCGCAUUUUUUGAUACUUCCCGGAAGCAGAAUGGUACUUUUUUUACACUGGAUCAGGUACGCCACUGUAGUACUUGAAACUUGAAAUUUUCUUUUAUUAUGGUAAAGAUGACGACAUUUCUCCUCUUUUCAGUGAAGAAAUUGAAGGAACAGAACGAAGAGAAGGACGCGGAUCAGUCCAUGAGGGUUGUAGACCAAGUGGAAGAAAGAGAUUCGUCGGGCUCGGACUCGGACGAUCCCGACAAUCCAACGGUCAAGACUUCCGUCUUGUUCAUGCAGGUAAAAUACGUUUCGUUUUUGCGACGAGUUCACUAACUUUUUCAUCAAUUUAUGAGAUUUUUCAAAAUUUUGUUGGUCUUUGAGAUGUUUUCAUAUAAAAUAGAGGUGAUGUAAAACAGUAAUUGUCUUUGAUUUAUAGAAAAAACGCAAAAGAGCAUCUGAUGAGACCGAAAAAACGAAUGGAAGCGACGCCAAGAAGGCCAAAACUGAAUCGUAAGUUGAUUUUUGGCUCUGAAUUUUUUUGCUGAUGCAUAUAAGCUAAUGAAAAUGCUAUGUUCAGCCGAGAAAACACACCAUCAACCGCCCAAAAUGAGCCCUCCGCACCAGCUCCACCACCAACAACAACAUCAGCUCCCCCUCCUGCUGCCGCACCUCCAGUUGACCGACUGGACGAGGAAACUGUUAGACGCUUACUUCUCAGAAAACCUCACACUACGAAGGAACUACUCAACAAGAUCCGACCCCAUUGCGGAGAUAUGUCCAAGACGGAUAUUGUGGCCAGAUUAGCUGAUAUUCUGCGGAAAAUCGAACCUCAUCAGUUCAGGCAAAGUGUAAACAGAAAGGAAGUGCUGUUCUUCUCACUUAAGCCGCCACAGUAA